AUGAUGGCUCACCGUUUGUUUCCAUUUGUUUUCCUUUUCCUGUUCACGGCCUCCUGGACCCUCGUAUUCGUAUUUUGUGCCCCCGAUGAGGCGCCUGAGACAGCAGGGGUGUCCAGUGGACAACAAGCAACUUCAAAGCAGAGGGCGGCCGAACUAUUGAAUGAAUUUGCGGGCGAAAACGAUGUUGCAGCGAUAAUGGCAGAGUACACAAACUCCUCAGCCCCGUAUGUGCUCGUCGGAGAAGAUCGUGAUGACUGCCCCCAGAUGGAGGGUGCAGAGGCGGCAACUGCUUUUCCCGCAAGUGUUUUCCUGCGUCAAGCCCAGGGACUCACCACAACUCCUACGGUUACUAUGGACCAAACGGGCAGGUCGUCAGGCCCCUGUCCUAAGACCUUUCUCCAAGAGACACCGUACUACGGGAGAAGAGCAGCAGCUAAUCAUAUGGGACCCGAGCAGCAGACCACGUUGGGAGAUCUAAAGGGAACAGUGGAUCUUACGCGACUGGGUCUCGACCGCGAGUUCAACGAAAAGGCAUAUGAAUCUAUGCGCGUUUGCAAUAAUUUUUUCUUCUCUGGAAGCGGCAACACGCGCCACUCUUCAGACCCUGCUUGCGUUGUUGCUCAGCUCGACGAAGGGGCUAAGAACAUCAAGGCGUUAGAUGUUACAAGCCUAAGCGAGCUUCACCCGAGGCUUAGGUCUGCUCUUGUGUUUGCUUCUAAUAUUGCAUUUCCCAGGCAAAAGAGAGACUGGAUCCGCAAACUCAUCACCUCCAGCAGCCUGCGUCUCGCCUGGCACGUCGUGGACGCCUUCACUAGUAUGAAUAUCGAUAUGCUGGAGGCGAACGUCGGCGAAGCCUUGAACCAAAUCGUCGUCAAAGACCUGAAACUUCUACGUCCUCUCACGGAUCUCAUUCAAUUUGGUUUGUCCCAAACACUCUGUGGCUUCGAACCCCAUACUAUCAUCUUGCUGACCUUUGGUGCUAGACCCUUGGGCAUUCGUUGCGGUUUUUCUAUUUUACCCAAUUAUGAGCACUGUGUCGCCUAUUCCAGUGUACAAUUACAAUGCAUGCGACGUGCGGUUGCAGCCACCGUGUGCACCACGUACGAAGAAUACCCUGAGAAGUCCUGGCAAGACGCAGCGCGCCACCCGAGCCCCGACAGCCCGGACUACAAGGAUUAUCCUAUUUAUGAUUACUUGCGAAGCGCUGGGGCUGAAGUCGCAUUUCCCAAGAACAUCCCUUCAGACUGGCAACCCCGCGUGUAUGACGGAAAUAGAACGACGCACCGCGCCGUCGGAGAGCGCGCAAAGUUCAGCUUCCCAGCAGACUGGAAGAAACAAGUGUACGACUCGUGGCAUAACCUUUGGGCUUUGCAGCUGACAUUGUUUGAUGUCGGAUCCAUGUGGCAGUGGAGUCAUCGCCUCAACGCAGAGACUUUCUUCUUCAAGCCCUGGAAGGUCACGCGCGUCGGAACCGUGCUAGUAGCGGAAGCAGGUCCGUUGCGGCACGACGACCUCACACCGCGUUUUCGAGUGGACCCCAGCAAACCCCCCGACAGUCAGAUUUCUGAGUCUUGCCCUCGGCACCUGACAGACCUUGAGUUCUUUGAGAAGCUGAAGGUGCCUAAAGGGCAUCUGACGGCGCAGUGGGGCCGCAUAGAUUUCUGGAGAUCCCUCGGGGUUCUAGGCUGGAACUGCCCAGCAAGCGAAGCAUCUGUUCCCUGCCCCCCCAAGGUGCAACAAGACAAAUGCGGUGUUGACGCAACGUAUACCCGGCCUAUAGAAACGCCUUGGCUCUUCCGGCUUGAAAGACAACCCGAAUGGGUGACUUGGGAGACUGACGAGAAGAACAACGACUACGUUGACAAGAUAUGGGCGGUUCGAGGCACAGCCUCUCCUAAGAUGUGGCUCCUCAAUACCAUGUGGGAAACGACUGUAGACCCAGAGCUGUCGCCUUCCGCAGAGGCCAAAGUUCAUUCGGGUUUUCUGUUUGCAUUUAAACGCAUAUUCAAGGAAAUGCUCAAUGAUGACCUGAAGGAAGUUGCAGCGAAAGCUGAAGCCACACAGAAGCGGCAAGUGGUACUGUUCACCGGUCAUUCUCUCGGUGGAGCCGUGGCGCAAAUAGCAGCCUGGUACUACGCCAACCAGGCUCGCUCGUUGCUAGAUGCAGGGCUGCUUCAAAUUCGUUGUGUGACCUUCGGUACCCCGGCGUGGGGAAGCGAGGCCGCAUACAAAGAGUUCAUGAACACCGGCGUGCUGAUCCACGACAUCGCCACCAGUAUGGAUCCAGUCACCACACUUAACGGCGAGCCAGCGCUCGGCCACGGGUUGCAAUGGAGGAAACCCUUCCAUUACAGGAUUAUGCUAGAAGACCUUGAACACGUUGUCGUUGCCUCUAAGAAUCCAACGGAGCCGAACUUCUUUGGGCGACUCUGGACCCGCACGGAUCUGCACGCGGGGAACUUUUUGAAGCGGACCUUUGGGGCCCUCGCCAGCUUGAGCAACGUGGAUUCAGUUUUCUUGAAUCCUGUGUUGACACAUUUCCUCUCAUACACUGCAGUGAUGACCAUCAUGGCCGACUUGGUGCCCGAGGCAGACUUCGGUUCAGCCCUCGCAGCUCCUCUUAUGGGUGACCCACCAAAGAGCUAUGGGGCGCACGAGUUGUGCACUGCACUCAUAGCAACGCAGGGAAGGAUGAAGUGGGUGAUGAACCAAUUGGCACAUGAAGCCAACAGGGCUCCCAAGGCACGACGCAUCAAUUCGCCCUGA